AUGGCGCCGUCUUCGAGGAAUCCGACAACAUGGGACGAGUACGAUGGGGUGGCAUCGCCCACUGGCAGCGUCUCCUCGAAUCCAUUCGACGAGGAACGGGCGUUGCUCGACGACGAGGAUGAUGAUGCUGGCACACACCCAGCUGGCCGAAACAUUGAGCGCAGACGGUCUUCUGUCACCGAGCGUCUUGCCGCCAUGGCUGAUGUUGGCGGCGUCAACAGCUUCCGGUCUUUUGCCCGUAGCUGGCAGCGCGCUGCUGCCUUUCCAGAAGUCAUUCCUCGUCGCCCGAGCUUCAUCUUGGCUACGGACCAGCAAUUGACUGGCGACACGGGCGAUGAUGUCGAGUAUUCGCGGAGCUCGGAUAGUCUCGACGCUCGCGCGCCUUCUAGCGGGUUUGGGCGACAUGCGGAUGGAUCGCCGCGACUGGGCAGUUCGUUUGCUGGCUCGAGCAACAACAUUGUAGAUUCCCACUACAGAGAGCGAGAGAGCAAGCCGCUAGACGAAGAAAUGGCGAGCGGUGCGCUGCCUGCUACGUAUUCGAGCCAUUCUAGCAUUUUUGGAUCCUCCCCUUACUUGGCUACUCCGUCCAUUAUCGGUAGCUAUGGUUCAUAUCGCAGCACGGGAUAUGGUACGAUUGGGGCGCCGUCUCUCAUUCGACAUCGGCCGUCGAUAAUCCGAAUUAGCGGCCAAGCAGAGGACGAAGGUGGUGAAGAGGACAUUGCUGUCUUUGGCGAGGAGCAGCCGAUCAUGGUGAAGGAGGUCAAGCAAGGAAACAAGGUUGUGCUGACGGUUGACGGCCAGAGCACCCUGCCUCAGUCCGUUUUCAACUCCAUCAAUGCUAUUAUUGGUGUUGGGUUGCUGAGCUUGCCGCUGGCGUUCAAGAUGAGCGGCUGGAUUCUGGGCCUCGUCAUUCUGACUUUGACGGCAGGCGUCACGGCGCAUACGGCCAAGCUGUUGGCCAAGUGUAUGGAAUAUGAUGCCAGUCUAAUCACCUACUCUGACUUGGCAUACGUUUCAUUCGGCGCCAGAGCCCGCAUCAUUGUGUCGUUUCUGUUCACGAUAGAGCUCAUCGCUGCCUGUGUUGCUCUCGUCAUCCUGUUUUCCGACUCUCUCGCACUCUUGCUUCCUGGCGUUGCGGGUGUCAAUUUUUGGAAGUGCGUGUGUGCUGUUGUCACUCUUAUUCUCAAUGCUUUGCCCUUGCGAUGGCUGAGCUAUACCAGCAUCAUUGGCAUUUUCUCUACGUUUUGCAUCGUCUGCGUUGUCAUUGCCGAUGGUCUCAUUAAAACAGAUGCUCCCGGCUCCCUGUGGCAGCCUGCCACUACGCAUUUGUUGCCUAAAAACUGGCUGGCGUUGCCUCUUGCCUACGGCUUGAUGGCUAGCCCCUGGGGAGCUCACUCAGUUUUUCCAUCAAUUUACCGAGACAUGCGUCAUCCCCACAAGUGGGGACGGGGUGUUGCAAUCACCUUUUCGUUUUCUUAUGUCUUAGACACCUGCCUCGCCGUCAUUGGCAUCCUCAUGUUCGGUGAUGGUAUCAGAGAGGCCAUCACUUCCAACAUCAUCAGGAGCUCUGGCUUCCCCGAAGGCUUGACCAUCUUUAUGUGCAUCUGCGUCACCAUCAUUCCCCUCACCAAGCUACCGCUCAAUGCUCGCCCCCUCAUCACGACAGCUGAUGUUCUCUGCGGCCUCCAUCAGUCUCACCACCACCACCAUCAUCACGCUGCGAAUAACCCUGCAGAUCGGCAAUCUAAUUUUAUCAGAUCAUGUCUCAGGGGGUUAGUUCGUGUGGUCGUUGUCCUCAUCUUGCUUUGCAUUUCCAUCUUGUUCCCGGCGUUUGACUCAGUCUGUGCAUUCCUCGGCGCUGCGCUCUGCUCUCUCAUCUCCGUCAUCCUGCCUAUUCUGUUUUAUCUCAAGCUUUAUGGGAAAGAGGUUUCGGUUAGAGAGCGAAUUGUGUUGCUGUGCUUGUUGGCGUUGUUUUCGGUGCUUGGGCUUGUAGGUACUGUGUGGACAUUUUUGCCCAAGGAUCUUAUUGGCGUUUAA